GAGGAGAGAGAUGGGAAUUUAUCUCUAGACAGAGGUUUCAUUCCAAGCUGCUCUCGAAUUUUACUAGAAAAAAAUUAAAGUCCACGGUGCCGUCUAUACUGUGGAAAAAGUCAAGAAUGAAUGGGCCCUGAAUGUUGCGGGAACAGAAGGAGGAACAGACAGACUGGUGGAGGAGGAGCAGAGUACAGUGAAGGGAGUAUGGUGCAGGCAAUGAGGGACUUGAUAUAGACUGGUGUACUGUGGUUGGCAAGAAUGAGGAAAUUAAAUGUAUGUGUGCAUUUAUUAGGAGGCUAUGAAGAGACCAGACUAACAGUGUGGCAUAAGAAGUCCUGAGAGAGGAUUUUCAACAACUCAACAGCUUACAGCAUGCUACCUGUUUGUGGGUUUUAGAGAAAAGGGGAGAAAAAUAAUAGUUCUGAAGAAGGAUCAAGGUGGUGGGUUUUUUAACAGAGGUACAAUUCAGUCCUGAUUGAAGGAAUAAGGAAAAGAGGAUAUGAGGAGAGAAGUGACACAAAAAUUAGGACGUCAAGGACAGCUGCCAGUAAGAGACAGUGAGGAGUCUAGAAUGUUGGGGGUAGGUUUAUGAGCAAAGAGGAGAUGUCAGUAUCAGAGUGAUUUAAAAAAGGAGAAAGGGGGAAUGUCAUUGGAAGACUGAGAGGGUAGACAGCAGCUGCUGAUCACAGUAUGGAUCUGGCCAAAUGGAGCACAGAAGAGAGCCAAGAUUGGAGAGGAGAAAAACAGGUUGAUGAGAAUGUUUUGAGAAGUUCAGAAGGAGACAUUCUUCCAUCAGAAACGAAUAUAAUAUCUCAUACUUGGCCAGAGAUGUUGCCUGGAUCAGAAAACAAAAUCCACCCAGACGAACCAGAUGGUAAGGUGGUCCUAACUGCCUUUGAAAAGCGGUGCUCCAUCAAAUCAUGGAUUAAACAAAACAUCAAGAAGAAGGAAUGCAUAUACUAUGUUGAAGCUUCCAGUAAAGCAAUCUGUAAGUGUGGCUAUCAGAAAACUUCACAUUCAGGGGAAGCUUUGAAGCCUGAUGAGUUUCUGGGCGAGUUGUGGGAUCCAAGGAAACAUGUUCGCGAGGUUCCAACCGAUGCGUUUGGAGACAUUACAUUCCCUGGCCUCGGGCAGAAAGUCGGCAAGUAUGUGCGAGUCUCGUCAGACAGCUCAACAGAAACUCUCUACCAGUUGAUGACGGAGUUCUGGGGCCUCAGCCCUCCUAAUCUUCUCAUCUCCGUUACUGGAGGAGCUAAGAACUUCUACAUGAAAUCUAGGUUGAAGGUGAUGUUCCGCAGAGGGCUAAUUAAAGUAGCCCACACUACAGGUGCCUGGAUCGUGACAGGGGGCACUCACGCUGGGGUGAUGAAGCAUGUGGGGAAAGCAGUCAGAGACUACUCCAUGAGCACCAGCUCCAAAGAUGGCCAGAUUGUUGCUAUUGGCAUAGCAACAUGGGGCACAGUGCAUAAUCGCCAAAACCUGAUUGACCCCGAGGGAAAAUUCUCGGGCUAUUACCCCUUGGAUGAGACAAGCCAGGGCCGACUUUCCUGUCUGGAUAUCAACCACUCCCACUUCAUCCUAGUGGAUGAUGGCACUCACGGGAAGUAUGGAGUGGAGAUUGCCUUGAGGAGCAAGCUGGAGAAAUUAAUCUCGGAGCAGCCACUUGGGAACCGAGAUGGAUCAGUUACAAUCCCUGCUGUGUGUGUCGUACUGGAAGGAGGACCUGGGACACUUAAUACAAUCUACAAUGCUGUGAUUAAUGGCACCCCUUGUGUCAUCCUGGGGGGUUCUGGGAGGAUUGCUGAUGUCAUUGCACAACUAGCCAACCUCCCUGUGUCUCAGGUCACCGUCUCUCUCAUCAAGAAACAACUGAAGAGAUUCUUUUCUAAAGAAUAUGACACCUUCUCUGAACUUAAAAUCAUAGAAUGGACUAAGAAGAUUCAAGACAUUAUCAGAAUGCAGCAGCUUCUGACUGUUUUCCGGAUAGAUGAAGAAGGACGCAGUGAUGUGGAUGUUGCCAUUCUUAAGGCACUUUUGAAAGCUUCCAAAGCCAGUGAUUCUCUAGGUCACGGGAACUGGGAAAGGCAGCUUGAGUUGGCUGUGGCCUGGAAUCGUGUGGACAUCGCCGAGAGUGAAAUCUUCACUGAGGAUAGGCAGUGGAAGUCUAGUGAUCUCCAUCAGGCCACGCUGUCUGCUCUCAUUGGGAACAGGACAGAUUUUGUUAAGCUUCUUUUGGAGAACGGGGUCAGCCUGAAGGAGUUCCUUACUGAGGACAUCCUGCUGGAGCUUUACAACAACCUCCUUCCUGGUAGCCUCAUAUUGCGCAAGAUAGCCAAAAGGCUGAAGGAGGAAAAGGGGAAGAAGGGGCAGGACCUCAAGGGCAAGCAAAGGAUCACACUGAGCCAUGUGUCUGAAGAGCUGCGUCUGCUCCUAGGCAGCUACACACAGCCCCUCUACCCAUUACCUGCUCCUCGCCGCCGGUUUGAAAUACCCAACCAUGACAUCCGCAUUAUGUUUGAUUCCAAAUCUCAAAUUGAGCUGCAGGACAUCGCCUCCACAGCAGAGGGGAAAACAUUGAAAACGCUAGAGGAUCCAGCUAGAGACCUCUUCCUUUGGGCUAUUUUGCAGAACAGGAAAGAGCUGGCUGAAAUUGCAUGGGAACAGUGCAGAGACAACAUAGCUGCAGCCCUCGCAGCUAGUAAGAUCCUAAAGAUACUAGCAGAAGAAGAGGAAGGAGACGAGUCAGAUGAAAUGAAGAAACUAGCGGAUUAUUAUGAGCACCAAGCAAUUGGUGUGUUCACGGAGUGCUAUGGCAGAGAUGAGCUCCGAGCCCAGAAGCUACUCACCCGCUUGUCAAAGUCUUGGGGCCGGACCACUUGUCUGCGCCUGGCUCUGGAGGCAGACAACAAGAGCUUUGUGGCUCAAACAGGUGUCCAGGCCUUCCUGACCACCAUCUGGUGGGGGGAGCUUACAGUGGACACAAAGCUGUGGAGGGUGUUGCUGUGCAUGCUGUUCUUCCCGCUCAUCUACACUGGUCUCGUCACAUUCAGACGUGAUGAAGAAAUCCAGAAGGAGAUACAGAGAAACAAAGAGAUUGACGGUCUAGAAACCAUGGCUUUUGGACAUCCUGAGACAAAGCUGUGGACAAACUUCCGCAGGCGCCAGGAACAGGUGAUCCUGGUGCCUUUGAGCUUCAUCAGACGCUUUAAGAACUUCUUCACCUCCCCAGUGGUCACUUUCUACUGGAAUGUUAUGUCAUACUUUGGUUUCCUUUGGCUCUUUGCCUAUGUUCUGAUGAUGGACUUUCAGGUCAGCCCCUCAUGGACAGAGAUCCUACUGUAUGUCUGGCUGGCCUCACUGUUGUUUGAGGAGAUCCGACAGCUGUUUCAUGAUCCAGAUGGUUUUGGAGUACAAAAGAAGGCACAGAUGUAUUUCAAUGACACGUGGAAUAAGGUUGACAUGCUGUCCAUUUUCAUUUUUAUAGCAGGACUAUCAUGCAGGUUGACCACGACAGCCUUUUAUGAUGGAAGAAUUAUACUCUGCUUUGGUUUUAUCAUUUUUUGCCUGAGACUAAUGGCCAUCUUUGCAGUUAGCAAGACCCUGGGCCCGAAGAUCAUCAUAGUCAAGCGAAUGAUGAAAGAUAUUUUUUUCUUCCUUUUCCUGCUGGGAGUCUGGGUAGUGGCUUAUGGAGUGGCUAUGCAAUCCAUCCUCAUUCAUAACGAGACUCAGUUGAACUGGAUAUUCCGGGGUGCUGUUUAUGAGCCCUACUUGACCAUAUUUGGAAAUAUACCAUCCAGGAUUGACAGUGUUAACUUUGACAACAGUACAUGCAGUUUAAAUGGUGAUGACCCUCUGAUGCCUAAGUGCCCAGUCCUGAACGCUGACGGCACUCCUGCCUUCCCAGAUUGGCUGACUAUCAUUCUGCUGUGUGUCUACCUCCUCUUUGCCAACAUCCUGCUCCUCAAUCUGCUGAUAGCCAUGUUCAACUACACAUUUCAAGAGGUCCAGGAUCACACAGACAACAUUUGGAAGUUCCAGCGCUACCAGCUGAUUGAGGAGUAUCACAGUCGCCCCUCCGCUCCCCCACCCUUCAUCAUCUUUAGUCACAUCUUCUUCUUCAUCAGGCGUAUCAUCCUUCGAAGACCCUCACAGAGGCACAAAAUGUUUCACAAUGAAUUGUCAGCGAUGGGGGAGGCAGAGUUGCUGUCCUGGGAGACUUUCAUGAAGGAGAACUAUCUGGCCAGCCAAAAGCAAGAGAGGAACCAAAGCACUGAGUACAAGAUCCAUGAUACAGCAGAGAAGGUCGGUGUGGUGGUAGAUCUGCUGGAAGGGGAACAUAACAGGGAGUCAGCAUCCUUGGUGAAGAGACUGGCUAAACUGGAAGAACAGGUAUCACAGUCAACCAAAGCUUUACAAUGGAUAAUGAAUGCUUUAAAAUCAAAUAGUCUGGAGACCAAAGAAGAUGCCACAUUUCUUUAUGCAAUCCGGCUUCCUUCAGCCUACUGAGCACUUCAUCCAGGUUCUGUAGAUGCUCUUCUUCAUUUGCUCCUGUUUCAAGAAUAUUGUCCAAAUAUACUGCAACCUUCAGUAUGCCCUGCAACAAGCCUUCCAUCAUACUUUGGAAUAUUGCAAAUAUUGCAGCGCAGAGGAUACCCCAAAAGGCGUCAGUUAUAAGUGAACAUUCCCUUAUGCGUUGGUAUUGUCAGGUAUUUCUUGGAUUCUUCAUCCAUAACUAUGUUUAUACGCAUGACUCAUGUCCAACCUUGAAAAUUGCUUACCCCCUGACAAAACUGCAAAUAAGUCUCCACUCUUGGUAUCAGGUACUGCUCUAGCGAAGAGACUCUAUUGACAGUCAGUUUAUAAUCUCCACAAAGUCUAAUUGAAUGAUCUGGCUUCAGAAUGGGUACUAUGGGUGCUGCCCACUCCGAAUGUUUAACAGGAGUAGUAAUUCCUUAUUUCAAUUACCUGCUGAUUUCAGCUUCUACUCUGGGGCGCAUUGCGAAAGGAACUGAUCUGGGGCUGUAAAACCUUGGAGUAGUGUCAGGUGUGACAUGAAUUGUAGCCUUGAUCACUUCCCUCUAAAAGGAAACUCAUCUUUAAAUACUUCCUCGUUCUUUGCUAGAACUAGUUGUAAAGUCAACCUCUCAGCUUUCCCAUAUUUAAUUUCUCCCCAGUUCAGCUUUAUUUCAUCCAACCAGCUUCUUCCUAGCAGGUUUGGACCUGAACCUUCUACUACAAAGAGUGGUAGUAUUUUCAGUUGCGCGUCGUAUUGCACUUGCACUUCAGCUGCACCCAGCACCUUAAUGCUCUCCCCAGUGCAUGUUUUCAAUCUGAGAGAUGUGCUUUUUAAUGUGGGCCUUUCAGCACCUUUCCAGUUUUCUUUUAAAUUUGUCUGAUUCAUUAAUGUGACCCUGCAACCCGUGUCUAGUUCAAAUGUCAUCUAUUUACCAUUAAUUUUCAGAUCUACCAUCAGUGGUUUCACGUUUGCAUUUCUAUCUUGCACAUUGUACAUGGACCUGCGCU